AUGGUCAUGGUCCUCGGACUCUCAGGAGCAUUCUCGGUAAAAUCGGUUAAAAAACUUCUUUCUAGCUCGCUUCAACAGCACAUUCCCAACAGUUUUGUAUGGAAUAAUUGGGUUCCACGCAAAGUUAACAUCUUCGGGUGGCGAUUGGCUCUUGACAGGCUUCCUACCAGAGUUGCUCUUGCACAUCGGAAUAUUAACAUGGCAUCUAUCCGCUGCCCACUUUGCGGAGACAAAGAUGAAUCAACCUCUCAUCUUUUUGCAGAAUGCUUUGUUAGCUCGGUUGUGUGGGAGAUGGUUUCCAGUUGGCUCAAAAUCCCUCCUAUAUAUGCUUUCACAUCGGAAGAUCUGCUUCGAGUCCACCAGAAUAUCACCGGUCCAGCUGCAAUGAAGAAAAUGGUCCAAGCUAUCAUCUUAACUUCAUGCUGGAGCUUAUGGAAACAACGCAACGAUACUAUCUUCUACGGUAAUCGAGUGGAUAUCUCAAGAAUCUUUGCUGAAAUCAAAUCCACAAGCUUUCUUUGGGUAAAAAAUAGAGCAAAAAUGUACUCGUUAGAAUGGUCAGAUUGGUGUAGCUUCAAUGUUUUGUAA